AAGAACGCACGGUAUCUCUCAGGACAAAAUGCCAAAAUUGAUAUCAUCUAGUCCCACACUCGCUCCUUGGCUUAUCACACUUUUUUUGGUGCGCGGAUGAUAUUCGUUGCGUCUUGCGUUUAAAAGGGAGAAUACGAGUAGUUUCUGGUCUCCUUCGAUUCCAUUCAGAAGCACAGGCCAUACCAUGCCAAGUCUAACGGUCCCACAAACUCCAAGAUAUGUCCCUGCUCUGCCUACUAAGGAAAACCUCCAAUAUGCAGAUCUUGCUAUCAUCGACCUGUCUAAAGCAGCAACCGUAGAAGGCCGUGCAGAACUGGCGGUUGAACUACGAGAGGCCUUGACUACUAAAGGAUUUUGCUAUAUUAUCAACCACGGGUACACCCAAGUUCAGAAUGAAAGGAUGUUUGAUAUCGCAGAUAUUCCCAUGUCUGGCGUACCUGAAGACGAGAAACGAGCGUACACCGGAGACAGCAAGAAUACAGGUAUAUUUCAAGGCUACAAACCAAGACAAUACUGGCACAUCGAUGCAGGCGUACGUGACCAGCACGAGCAUUAUAACUGCAACCGCCACGUCUAUAGCCUGAUGCAUCCACAAGCACUCAGACCGUUUCUUCCUGAUAUUGAUGCCUUCGUGCGUCAUAAUCACCACAACAUUCUCCAUAAAAUUUGCAGGCUCAUGGCAUUGAGCCUUGAACUUCCGGAAGACACGUUCGUGAAAUUGCACGAUUUUGAUGCACCCGGAGUAUCAUAUUUGAGGUUUAUGAAAUAUUUCCCUAGGUCAGAAGAAGAUGAAGUUCAGACAAAAAAUGUCUGGAUGAAAGGACACACAGGUUGCUCUACUCUUUGCAAAUGUUGCUUUGCUCAUACCGUAGCAGACUUCGGAAGUAUCACCCUACUUUGGAGUCAGCCAGUUGCUGCCUUGCAGAUCCAAACGAAAGAGGGCUGGCGCUGGGUCAAGCAUAUUGAAAACGCUUUGCUCAUGAAUAUUGGUGAUUCGAUGGAGUUCCUCACAGGAGGAUUCUACAAGGCGACCAUCCAUAGGGUUGUGCAACCCCCAAUUGAUCAGCGUGGCUGCACUCGGCUGAGUAUGAUCUAUUUCUCCUUUCUCAAUGACGAUGUCAAGUUGGUACCCCUCAUGGACAGUCCAGUCCUUCAGAAGGUUGGGGUUGAGCGUAAAUGUGAAGAUGAUGUAGCUCCUACUAUGAAGGCGUGGAGGGUUGCAAGAAUUAGUGCAUAUGGCGCGAGCGAUCUGCAGAAGGGCAAAGAGCCUGGCAUAGAGGAAGAGGUAUUGAAUGGCAUAGUUGUCAAACACUACAACUAGGUAGCAUCCGGAAAUUGGGUCUGCCUUCACCAGGCCUCUACACGACCUUAUCUGCGCCUUAGCCUAGGGCUCAUGUGGCUAGGAUUUCCCUGAAUGUGCAUUAGUCAAGAUGUGCGUAAUACGCCCUGAUAAUGAGGUGAUCAGCUGCUUCUACCUUGC